AUGGCAAAUGGUGCUUCCCUUGCUGGAGGUCCAGUGGGUAUGAUGGUUAUCCCGCCAACAAUGGAGUAUUUAUUGUCAGUCUACGGUUGGAAUGCGGCUCUGGGACUCUUGGCGUCGCUAUCCACUAACCUUGUAGUAUGCGGAGCUGUCCUUCGUCAUUGCAAGACUAUGAGAGGAAGAUAUCAACCAUUGGAUGGUCAAAACGAUAGUCAAACUGAAACUACGACAGCAAGAAACUCACCGGAAAAGGGCAAAGAGGGCGCUUUGCAGGUGCUUCGAAAGUUCUUCAACGUCGAACUGAUAACACAACCGAUCUUCAUCGUUUACCAAGUGUUGAUACUGUGUGUUGGUCUCAUCUAUAGCAUGUGGCAUUUGUUUCUCAUUCCGCUUGGUGUACAGCUAGGCCACGGGGAGACUUUAUCAGCAUUUCUUGCUACAUUCGGUGGAUUAGGAACUCUUGCCGGACGUCUUGGUCACGGAUACCCGAUUGAUCGCAAACUCACCCAAUCUACUUCCGUAUUUCUUGGAGCCUUACUCCUCCUUGCCGCAUCGAGCUUAUUAAAUCCGCUGGUCAAGACCUCCUUUAUAGGACUAGCUACCCUUGCUGUUAUUUCAGGAGUUCCCAUUGGUGUCAUUUUCCCUUUAACCUAUUUAUUGAUGGAGGAAGAUUUUGACAUGAGCGACACGGCCCUCGGUUGGCUUUUUUGUUCACUUGGAACGGGAAUGGUCGUUGGUGGUUUUUCUGCAGGGUGGAUUCACGAUGUCAGCGAUGACUACAACAUUGUCUUCGUGGCCAUAGGAGUUCUAUCAAUCGUCAUGGCUUUCAUCUUGUCUUUGACUAGGUGCUUUGCAGGACCGAAGGACAAAUAA